AUGGCUUCUUCCUCUCGCGCCACUGCUACAGUACCUCUGAAAAAACACGAUGUUUUCAUCAACUUUAGAGGCGAUAACACUCGUGCUGGCUUCACUAGCCAUCUUUACGAAGCUUUAUGCAGAACCUCUUUCCAGACAUACAUAGACUACAAGAUCCAAAAAGGAAACGACGUUUGGGAAGAACUUGUGAAAGCAAUCAAACAAUCCACUCUCUUUCUCGUUGUCUUCUCCGAUGACUAUGCAUCUUCAACCUGGUGUUUAAACGAACUUGUUGAAAUUAUGGAGUGUCACAAAAUUGAACAGAACAACGCUAUUGUUAUUCCUGUGUUCUACCAAAUUGAACCUUCUACCAAAUUAUGGAGUUGACAAAAUUCAUCAAGUUAA